AUGAGGAUUCUGUGAAGCCACCUCUUGGGUGCAGUAAGGAAACCAAUAAGAUAGAAAGAAGAAAUCUUCUCAAGGUGAUGGACUUGCUGAAUUCUUGACCUCACUUGGAGAUAAGAAAGGGGGGAAAAAGAAGAAUCAUAGAAUCAAAGAGUGGGAAGAGACCUCAUGGGCCAUCCAGUCCAACCCCCUGCCAAGAAGCAGGAAUAUUGCAUUCAAAGAGUUAACUAUCUGCAUUGCAAUUGAACACCCAUAUCAGUAUUGGUGUGAAGGAAAAAGCAUCUCAAUGUUUGGAGUGUGGCAAGAGUUUUACUCAAGGGAUCAUCUGCAGCAACAUGAAGGAGCUCACACUGGGGUGAAGCCCUUUGAAUGGUUGGACUGUGGGAACAGCUUCACUCAUACUUCAGAUGUACAUAAACAACAAAGGACUCACACAGGGGGGAAACCCUAUACAUGCCCGGUCUGUGGAAAGACCUUGGCUAGUAGUUCAAGUUUGUGUUCACAUCUAAGGACUCACACUGGGGAGAAACCAUAUACAUGCCUGGAGUGUGGACAGAGUUUCACUCAGAGGGGAAAUCUACGCUCACAUCAAAGGACUCACACUGGAGAGAAACCCUAUGAAUGCCCGGAGUGUGGAGUGAGCUUCACUCAGAAUUCUCAUCUACAGAGACAUCAAAUGACUCACACGGGGGAGAAACCCUAUGAAUGCUUGGUAUGUGGGAACAGAUUCACUCGUAGUUCAGAUCUACAUAAACAUCAAAGGAUUCAUACUGGGGAGAAGCCCUAUACAUGCCUGGAGUGCGGAAAGAGCUUCACAGAGAAUGGAAGCCUACGCUCUCAUCAGAGGACUCACACUGGGGAGAAGCCCUAUACGUGCCUGGAAUGUGGACAAAGCUUCACUCAUCAUUCAGGUCUAUAUUCACAUCAAAGGACUCACACUGAAGAGAAACCGUAUAAAUGCCUGGAGUGUGGACAGAGCUUCACUCAUAGUUCAGGUCUACGUAAACAUCAAAGGACUCACACUGGGGAGAAACCAUAUAAAUGUCUGCAGUGUGGACAAAGCUUUACCCAGGGGGGGAAUCUACGUAAACAUCAAAGAAUUCACACUGGGGAGAAACCCUAUACAUGCCCGGAGUGUGGAAAGAGCUUCACGGAGAGUGGAAGCCUACGUUCUCAUCAAAGGACUCACACUAGAGAGAAACCCUUUACAUGCCUGGACUGUGGACACAGCUUCACUAAGAGUUCAGGUUUACGUUCACAUCAAAAGACUCACACUGGAGAGAAACCCUAUGAAUGCUUGGAGUGUGGAAGCCGCUUCUCUCGUAAUUCAGAUCUACGUAAACAUCAAAGGACACACACUGGGGAGAAACCCUAUACAUGCCUGGAGUGCGGAAAAAGUUUCACUAAUAGUUCAGGUCUCCGUUCACAUCAAAGGACACACACUGGGGAGAAACCCUAUACAUGCCUGGAAUGUGGAAAGAGCUUCACGGAGAGUGGGAGCCUACAUGCUCAUCAAAGGACUCACACUGGGGAGAAACCCUAUGAAUGCUUGGAGUGUGGGAACAGCUUCACUUGUAGUUCAGAUCUACGUAAACAUCAAAGGAUUCACACUGGGGAGAAACCCUUUAAAUGCCUGGAGUGUGGGAACAGCUUCACUGAAAGUAGACAUCUACAUUCACAUCAAAGGACUCACACUGGGGAGAAGCCCUAUACAUGCCUGGAGUGUGGAAAGAGCUUCUCAGAGAAUGGAAGCCUACGUUCUCAUCAAAGGACUCACACUGGGGAGAAACCCUAUAAAUGCCUGGAGUGUGGACAGAGUUUCACUCAUAGUUCAGGUCUACGUACUCAUCAAAGGACUCACACUGGGGAGAAGCCCUAUACAUGCCUGGAGUGUGGAAAGAGCUUCACUCAUCGUUCAAGUCUGUGUUCACAUGAAAGGACUCACACUGGGGAGAAGCCCUAUACAUGCCUAGAGUGUGGACAGAGCUUCACUCAGAGUGGAGGUCUACGUUCACAUCAAAGGACUCACACUGGGGAGAGACCUUAUAAAGACAUAGCAUACAAUCAUAGAAUAAUAGAGUUGGAAGAGACCACAUGGGCCAUCUAAUCCAACCCUGCUCUGAUUGUAUAUGCUUCAUAUGCUUUUACGGAUUUAACCAAAGUUGUUUUAAUAUUAAUGAUGUUUAGUACUGUUUGUAUAUUUGAGGUUGUAUUGCAAUGCUUUUAAUUUGUCACCUGCAUUGAGGCACCGUAUGGAGAGAAAAAGUGGGAUAUAAAUAAACAUAAUGAUAAUAAAAUAACCCCCUUGCCUUGCAGGAAAAGAACAAGGCAUGUGAGAAUAAGUGUCUGAAUUGGAAAAAAUUACAUUCUACAGUGAUCUAGAAUGACCUUUUAGUGAAUA